AUGUAUAAACAAACUUUCAUUUUAUCUUGUAGUUUUGCCUUCACGGUGUCACUGUCCGAGAUGUUUGCUAAGAAGAACGGAUAUACAGUCCGUCCCAACCAGGAGAUGCUGGCCAUCAGCUUUUGCAACAUCAUCCCUUCCUUCUUCCACUGCUUCACCACCAGUGCUGCAUUGGCAAAAACUAUGGUGAAGGACUCAACAGGCUGCCAAACGCAGAUAUCCAGUCUGAUUAGCGCCCUGGUCGUCCUUCUUGUCCUCCUCUUCUUCGCGCCUUACUUCUACGCUCUCCAGAAGUGCGUUCUUGCCUGUAUCAUCAUUGUUAGCCUUCGGGGGGCACUGAGGAAGUUUACGGAUGUCCCGGCAAAGUUGCGUGCUAGCCGAGAUGACGGCAUUGUUUGGCUGGUCGCCAUGUUCGCCACGACUCUGAUCAGUGUGGAGAUUGGUCUUGUGGUCGGGGUAGUGUUUUCUAUGAUCUGCGUAAUCUAUAAGACCCAGAACCCCAAGGUCUCUCUCCUUGGCAAGGCCAGUGACGUCGAUCUUUACGAAGAUGUGGAAGAGUACAAGAACCUCAUGCCACCACCCCGGGUUCAGAUCUUUCGCUUCCAGGCUCCUCUGUAUUACGCCAACAAGGACUCAUUCCUCAGAUCUCUCUACAAAGCUGUCGGAGUUGAACCUUUCCUGGAGCUGACUAAGAGGAGAAAGGAAGAGAAGAAGGCUAAAGAGAUGUCUUCGAAGCAGAUAAAGGCGAAUGGAGAUAAAAGCAAUGGCGAGGUUGUCAUUGGACUUGUCGAAAGAGAACUGGAUUUCCACACGAUAGUUUUAGACUGCUCCGCCAUCCCAUUCAUAGACUCCACAGGCAUGGCCACUUUUGAAGGGCUGGUCAAGGAAUAUGGAGAGAUAAGGGUGAAUGUGCUCCUCGCAAAUUGUAACACCUCAGUCAUUGAUCUCCUACAGAAGGGACAAUUCUUUGGGAAAAAUGACAAAGACAUGAGCAGUCGGUUGUUUCACACAGUUCACGCUGCAGUUGUUCAUGCAAAAGAUUCAUACGCAGCAGCAGAGAGCAGGUCUGAAGACUCUGGGGUGUAGAGAAGGUCAAAGGAGAGGCAAUUUUGGUAUGCUAUCUUGUCCUCUAAAACAAUUCUGCAUUAGGUUGCUUUGAGGCAGCCUUUUACAAGUUUAGUCCAAGAAAAUCCAAGUAGGGAUUGCAAGACAACUGCAAACCAGGCUUUGUGGCAUCCAGCACAUUUUCAGUACAGGAGAUGCAAAUGGUACAGGGUUCAACAUAGUCAAAUAAUAACUAGAAUAACUAACAGGUUAGUUCCUAUUAAGUUCCUAAUUAAUAACUGGGUAUGUCAUUGUUAUGGCCUGGCUCAAAAGGCCACAACAAAGAGGAGACACACCCUAUCAAAGGUUAGAAAAAUAUGUUUAUUAAAGAAAGUGAUUCAAAUUAGCCAAAUUAAUCAAGUGCAAAACAAGUAAAGCAUGAGGUUUGAACGUCAGUGGUAUCAGUAAUGUAACUGAUUAAGGUAACACUUUAACUGGCCUUAUUUAAAAAAAAAAAACUUUAAAUAGACUAAUGAGGAUUUUUCACACCCCCAGCUUUUAUGACAGACCUUAGGUAGCAGGAGUCUGAUAACCACUUGGGGAUAGCAGCCUGCCUUAACAGACGCAGUGGAAGUGCUACCAUCACUGGAUUGUCAGCAAAAUGUGUGUUUGUCUUUAUCGUCCAAUGCAGGGUGAGGAUUGCAUGAACAUGUAUGUGUGAGGGUGUUGAGGUGCACAAAGUAAAACAACUGAAAUAACCAAUAACAUACUCAACCGAACCGGGUGCCUGUAGGAGAAAGCAGAGGGAAGACAGAGAGGAGCAGAGGCUUUUAAAUAGCUGCAGGGCACCAGAGUUACUGCAAUCAAGGCAAUCAAGACAGCACAGCCACACCCUUGCCGUUUCUCAAUCGCGAGUACACAUGCUGCAGAGCAACUAUUUCAAGUAAACUAUGUCAUAGUGGUGCAGAAUG